AUGACACCCACCAACGAUCUCAUCUCCAAGCUCACAACAGAAGAGAAAGUGAGUCUUUUGGCAGCCGUUGACUGGUGGCGCACACCAACCAUCAAGCGAGAUGAUCUCUUCAUUCCCCAUAUCAAGAUGUCCGAUGGUCCCAACGGCGCUCGGGGCGAGAGCUACGUAAGCGGUAUCACGGCAGCUUGCUUCCCCUGCUCAACCGCCGUCGGCGCAACUUUCGACCAAGAUCACGCAUACCAACUUGGCAAAGAGAUCGCGAAAGAGACCAAAACAAAAUCUGCCAAUGUUCUUCUCGCGCCAACUAUGAACAUCAUCAGGUCUCCGCUCGGCGGGAGAAACUACGAGACUUACUCUGAGGAUCCGUACGUCAUUGGGACUUUGGCAUCGGCGUUUGUGAGAGGCUGUCAGAGUGAAGGCAUAGCAGCUACGCCGAAGCACUUCGUCGCCAAUGAAUCUGAAAAGUCGAGGACCAAGAUGACGUCUAACAUUGAUUGUCAGACCUUGCGGGAGAUUUACAUGCUCCCCUUUCAACUGGUGAUGCGUGAUUCAGAUCCCUGGUGUUUCAUGACCUCGUACAACCGCCUCAACAGAGUGUAUUGUGCGGAAGAUCACUGGCUAUUGGAGGAAGUGCUGCGCAAAGAGUGGGGUUUCUCAGGACUUGUUGUUUCAGAUUGGAUGGGGACGUACUCAACUGCUCAGGCACUCAACUCUGGCCUGGAUCUCGAAAUGCCAGGUCCGACGAGAUGGCGAGGCCACAAGCUUCUGAAAGAGAUUGAAGCUGGCGAUGUGACCACCGAGACUCUGGGUAAGAGUGUCGGUAGGGUCAUUGAGCUCGCGCAAAAGACUGGCCGCUUUGAAGACCCAGUUGAGAAGCCGGAGCGAUCUGUGGAAGACCCAGAGACACUCGAGUUCAUCACUUCCAUCGCAGCGGACGGAAUGGUCCUUCUCAAGAACGACGACAACAUCUUACCACUACCUCCAAAGGCUUCAGUGGCUGUUAUAGGUCAUCAUGCUCUUCAUCCCAGUAUCGGCGGCGGAGGCAGCGCAAAGGUCUUGGCUCAGCACGUCAUCUCGCCUCUCGAGGGCCUCAAAGCUCAAGGCGUCGACUUCCGUCAUGCACCCGGCGUUCCCGUCUUUGGUGCUCUGCCCCACGCAGAACCAGAGACCAUUUCGCCUGUUCAGCUGCGCUGGUUUAAUAGCUCGGUUGUCGGUGAGAACGUCGCUCAUGAGCAGACCAUCGCGUUGCCCGAGUACAUGAUCAAGGAAGCCUGGCCUACGUAUCUCAACAAGGAGUACUCCACUAGCAUUUCCUUUACGCUGCGCCCAACGACAAGCGGGAGUCAUGUAUUUUCCGUCAUCACAACUGGAAAGGCAGAUGUAUUUGUCAACGGCGAAAAGGUCUUCCACCGUCCACAGGAACCUGUCCUACUUCCAGAGUCCUUCUACUUUUACAAGGCCAAGAUUGAGCGACGCUUCACCCUUGACAUGACAGCUGGUCAGGAAUACGGGAUCGAGCUGCACUCUUGGGCGACUGAUCCAGAGGUUCUCUCCAAGAUUGGAGGAACCAUGUUUCAAGGCGCUAGUCUUCGCUUCAUGGAGUACGUCGACAUUCCUGCUGCUAUAACGCACGCUGCAGAGAUCGCUGCAUCUUCUGACGUGGCGGUUGUUUUUGUCGGCACGACGAAUGAACUUGAGUCUGAGGGUUAUGAUCGCGAUACGAUGGAUUUGACAUCUGAUCAGUACACCCUAAUCAGCGCAGUGGCAGCGCGCAAUCCUCGCACCGUCGUGGUCAAUCUCUCCGGCUCUCCCGUUACAGUAUCUCCUUUCAUCGAUCAAGUUCCCUGCUUUCUCCAAGCCUGGUUCGCGGGUCAAGAGUGCGGCCAUGCCAUCGCCCGCGUUCUGCUCGGUCAGGUGAACCCCUCGGGUGGACUGCCAAUGUCAUGGCCCAAGAGAAAUGAGGAUAACCCAGCUUACGGAAACUUCCCCUGUGAUGAUAGCUUGGAGCUUAAUUAUGAGGAGCGUCUGAAGGUUGGGUACCGCUUUUACGAUGAUAAGGAUGCCCCAGACCCUCAGUUUCACUUUGGAGAGGGUCUUUCCUACACGACGUUUGAGGUGGCUGGACAGGUUAGUAUGGACUCCAAGUUCGGUAGCCCGGAGACAGUGGAGACUUCACUUGUUUUGGAAGUGAAGAACACGGGGACGAGGGAUGGUAAGCAAGUGGUUCAAUUGUAUGUGACUCCCCCACCAUGCGAUGGGAAUGCACGACCCGUCAAGGAUCUCCGAUCGUACAGCAAGGUGUUUAUCUCGGCUGGGAAGACAGAGAAGGUCACGUUCAAGCUAGACAAGUACGCUUUUAGCUACUUUGAUGCCAAAGUGGAUAAGUGGAAGAUACCCCAGGGCGAGUUUCUUUUGCAUGCCUGCUUCAGCUCCGCGGAGACACUCCAGAAGGUCAGGGUAACAAAUCCCCAAACGCAAUACUGGACGGGGCUGUAA